GAACAUAUUGGCAAGCUGCUAAAAAAGGGGUCAUUCAAGAAAGCUCCAGUGCUUAUGCUUCGCCCAUAGUACUAGUGAGAAAGGCAGAUGGUAGUCUGAGGCUAUGUGUCGAUUACAGGAAACUCAACUCAAAGACAAGACGUGAUGCAUUCCCGCUCCCGAGAAUUGAAGAGAGUUUUGAUGCGCUGAGAGGGGCAAAGUUCUUUUCGACCAUAGAUCUGGCGAGCGGAUACCACCAGAUACUCCUGGUCUACCUAGAUGACAUCUUGGUUUUUUCAGAGACAUUUGAGCAGCAUUUGGAGAGACUUGAGACUGUGUUUAAGAGACUGGCAGAGACGGGCCGUAAGGUGAAGUUGCAGAAGUGUGCUUUUCUACAACAGUCAGUAAAGUUUUUGGGUCAUCAGGUGUCAGCAGAAGGUAUAGGAACUGACCCCUCCAAGGUCUCUGCUGUUAAGAACUGGAAGGUCCCAACCACUGCCAAAGAGCUGCAGUCGUUCUUGGGUUUCUGUAGUUACUACAGGAGAUUCAUUCGAGGCUUCUCACAGAUUGCCGGGCCACUGCAUGACCUAGUCAACAAAUGUUCAGGUGUGAAGAAAACAGGGAAAGUAGGUCACCAGUUUUGUAAUAUGUGGACACCAGAGUGUGACUCUUCCUUUGAGCAGUUAAAGGAAAAACUUACCUCUGCUCCCAUUUUGGGUUUUGCCGACUUCACACAACCAUUCGUAGUUGAGACAGAUGCUAGUCAGCAUGGAUUAGGCGCUGUAUUGUGUCAGCAGCAAGGUGACACCAGACGUGUCCUAGCAUAUGCUAGCCGCAGACUAUGCCAGGCUGAGAAGAAUGACCGUAAUUAUAGUAGCAUGAAGUUGGAGUUGCUUGCCUUAAAAUGGGCAGUUGCUGAAAAAUUCAGGGGUUACUUGCUUGGUUCAAAGUUUGUUGUCCUGACUGAUAACAAUCCCCUCUGCCACCUCAAGACAGCCUCGUUAGGUGCUAUAGAGCAGAGGUGGGUAGCGCAACUGUCUGUUUUUGAUUUCGAGGUUAAGUACCAUCCUGGUUGCAGUAAUGCCGCCGCAGAUGCUCUCUCUAGGCAGGAGUUUGCAGGGGAGCCUCAAACAGACCCUGACUCGGAUUUUGACAACUGUAUCGCUGUGUGUAACCUGAUUGAGCGAGGAACAGUUCUGGAUCCUGGUCUUGUCUCUAGAGGUCUGGAGUGUUACAAAGUGAGGCAGAUCCGUGCUGGGGAGUCGAGGUCUGGUGAGACAGGUACUAAACAGGGCAACACCCCCACACUGCCAGGUUAUACCAGAGAGGAGCUGGUAGGUUUUCAGGCCGGUGACCCCACCCUAAAAGAGUUUAGGGCAUUUUGGGAUCGGGGGAGGAGGCCAUGUCCCAGAGAGAGAGCAGCCCUGUCUAGUCAAGUGAAAAGAUUGUUGAAACAAUGGAGAUGCAUACAACAACGAGAAGGGUUGUUAUACAGGGUUAUCACAGACCCACGUCAUGGAGAAGUGUGGCAGUUACUCGUGCCUAGUUGUUUGAGGGACCAAGUUCUAGAAAAUGUACAUAACAACAUGGGACAUCAGGGCAUGGAGCGCACUGUAAACUUGCUAAGAGGAAGGUGUUUUUGGGUAGGGCUAUGUGAGGAUGUUGAAAGCUGGGUUAAAAACUGCGAGCGGUGCAUUUUGACCAAGAUGCCUCAGCCAAAAAUCCAUGCUCCAGUUCAGGCAUUCCUGGCCUCCCGACCUCUAGAAGUGGUGGCUGUUGAUUUUACAGUGUUGGAGGCAGCUUCACAUGGCCGUGAAAAUGUCCUUGUUGUGACCGAUGUGUUUACAAAGUUCACACAAGCGUAUGCUACCAAAGACCAGAAGGCUGACACUACAGCUAAAGUUUUGCUCAGGGAGUGGUUCAUGAAAUAUGGGGUCCCAGAGAGACUGCACUCAGACCAAGGUCGAAAUGUCGAGAGUGAAAUUAUAGCAGAGCUGUGCAAACUCUAUGGGGUUAAAAAGACACGGACAACUCCCUACAGGCCACAGGGAAACGGUCAGUGUGAAAGAUACAAUCGCACACUCCAUGACUUGUUAAGGACACUCCAACCAGAGAAAAAAAAGCGUUGGCCAGAGCAUCUGACUGAAGUAGUAUAUGCCUAUAAUGUCACUCCUCAUUCCACCACAGGGUACUCGCCUUAUUAUUUGCUUUUCGGGGUACAGCCACAUCUCCCAGUAGACGCUUUAUUAGGGCGUGAGUGUGUGUCAGACAGGAAACAGGAUUGGUUGUCUGUUCAUCAGGAGAGACUCAGACAGGCACACGAGAGAGCCAGAGAGUACUCAGAGCAGAAGGCAGCUGAGAGGAUCUCACUGCAAAAUGAGAAGGUGUAUUGUCCUCCUGUGGACAUGGUCAGUUGGUUUUCCUACGUCACAGACCCCCAGGUAGACAUAAGAUUCAGGACACAUGGACCUCAACAGUCUACAAGGUAGUUGACAUCCAGGGUACCACACACACCGUUGAAACUUUUGAGGGAGGUCCCAUUAAAAGAGUUCAUAGGUCAGAGUUGCAACCUUGUGCAAAACCAGUUCCCAAACCCAGAACUAGAACUAGGUUACAGACCACUACACAGCCUGUAGCUGAGGAUGAGCCCGAGUCACCUGAGGCUGACUUUGUUAUUGUUGAGGAAGUCAUCCCUCGCCGGCUUGUGCAAGUACCUAACCUGCCUCUUGCAGCAGAAAGUGUUAGUUUACAUGUGACAGCACCCACAGAGGAGAGUGACGGUGAAGGACCUGAGGAAGGUUAUUCAGAUAUGAGAAAUUGUGGCACAGAAACAGAAUGUGUUAAUGAUGUGCAUCCAGGCGUUAGCGACAGUGACUUGCCCAUUAUUGAAAACAGGGACAGGCCCGCACUAACAGAUGAUGCUGUUGGAGCAGGACGUAGAACCUAUGCACCUAAACCUGCCAUUAGGAAAAGCAAGCGGGAAAUGGCUGGAUCUCAUUCAAACCCAUUUCAUCUGCCAAAGUCAGCCUGUAAUGCAGUCUCAGUCAGCACAGACAUGUUCUCUAAGGUGUUGACAAGCCUGGGUGCUGCUCUCUUUCAAAAGGCCUUGCAGGGAGUAUUUGAGUCAGUUCAUGUUUCGUAGUCACCGAGGACGUUGACUAUAUUUGCUGGGGAGUAUGUAGCCGGGUGGUAAGUCUGUUAAAUAUGUUAAAUGAUUUUCCACUUAAAUUUAGUAUAGUUUAACUGUUAAUAUAUGUAAUUGUUACACUGUCAAGCCAUGUAAAAUGUCAUUUGAUGUAUUUAAAUUGUGAAGCAGAUUGUGAGUGUGUUUUUAUAGUUUUGGUUGUCAUUGCAUGUUUUGACCAGUAAGUGGCAGUGUUGCGGACUUUUAUUGUAACUCCGUGCAAGUUAUCCAAGUGCAUCUUGGGUACUCUUUCUGCAAGUUAUCCAAGUGCGUCUUGGGUAUUCUUUCUUUUUUCUUGUGUGAACCACCUGAAGAUUGCGGUGUGACGUUUGCUCUGACUCCGUAGUAAGUAGGUGUAAAUAUCUUGUGAAAUAUACCUGUAACAUUAUUCCAAACAAUAUUGUAUGUCGGUAAUUUGACACGAUGGUUUGAUUUAGACGCUACUGGAGUUGAUGUUCGGUGAUUUUGGGCGCGAGCCGUCGACCACUGUUCGCCAUUGCAGGCAUGACAAGGUAAUGUUGGCGUGCAUAAAGCCACACCAUGCCAUUGUAUUUGGGUAGUAAGGGAAAUGGAAAGGUUUUAUAUGCAUUUUAAUUCUGUUUAAAGGUAACUGACAGAGUGAGAAGUUGCGCAAUCUUCAGGAAGUUCCACAUGUCUUUGUUAAACCCUGUUUAACAUACAUAGUCCACUGCCGUAUUUUGCUCCGUAUUUUGUAUUUAUUAUUUUCCUUUUAAAAUCUUUUCUGUUAAACUUGCCACAUCUGUGAACAUUUAUGAGCUGUUUGCUCGAAAGACACAGGAAUUUAUGCACUCAGUAAAACGAUCUGCAUUCGAAGGUUCAAACAAUAAAAUUAAAGCUACAAGAACC